UCGCCGACAAUUUUCGAGAAGGAGCAAUGGCUUUCAAGUUUGUCCCUGUGUUGGCCUUAGUGGCCCUGAUGGUAUCUUGUGUGGCUGCACACAAGGCUCACUCUUUCCAACAUUACCAUGGACCGGUAGAGGGUGAGGGUGUCAAAGUUGUCUGGCAUGACAAACACGGUCACGAAGACCAUGAUUACAAGGCUCAUCCGAAGUACGAGUUUGCUUAUGGAGUCGAAGAUCAUCAUACUAAAGAUUUUCAUGGUCAAAAGGAACACAGGGACGGUAAGGACGUAGCUGGAGAGUACACUCUUCAUGAACCCGGCGGCAACGUCAGGACGGUCAAGUAUCACGCUGACCAUCAUGGCGGUUUCCAUGCCGUUGUUCACAAUUCCGGUGGAAACGACCACUCCGGGGGAACCUACGGUGGACACGGUCAUGGGCACGGGCACGGGCAUGGGCAUGGGCAUGGGCAUGGGCAUGGGCAUGGGCAUGGACACGGACAUGGACAUGGGCAUGGGCAUGGGCAUGGACACGGACACGGCGAUGACGAUGAUCACCAUUAAUAAAUCACGGAGGCGUUACUGUGAUAUAAAUUGUUGUAAAUUGUUAACUCGUUCUUAUAAAUAAAUCGUUUAUACUGUCAA